CAGGGACACAUACCAGCCGCUGCUCCCUGUGUCUGAGUGACUCCCUAAGGCGGCCCUGCUGCAGGAAAGGCCCGGGAUUCGGUGCUCGCAGGCUCCAGGCUGACUCUCGGGAGCUUGGAUGUGGUUGGCAGGAUCCUGAUGCAGUUAACUCAAGAAGUUUUUUGUCACUAAUUAGAGGUGAUUGAGCCUGUGUUUUGAAUCAUGUCAGGAUCGAAUCAGUCUGUAACACAGAGCAGACUGCAUGCGGAGCAAAGAUUCCCCACUCACAGUCUGCCGCUUGCACUUCAUUUACCCAGGCCACACACGGAUAUCCGAGUUUCUGAGUUUCCCAGUCAUUCCAGGGAUUAUGGAUCUAUUUUAUCAGCUGGAAAUCUAACCCAUCAUCUUCGUCGGAGACCUUCCUUACUGUCGGAAUUCCAGCCAGGACCUGACCGGAGCAUUGAGCAGCGGCAGAGACAUGAACCCCACAGCUACCUGUUGGGUGCCUGGGGGCAGCGAGGUGGAGCCUCUGCAGAUGGCAAGUGCCUGAGGCUAGAUUUGCUGCAGGAUUCAUCACUGCGACCCUCACCCCUCUUACCCCAGGAUUCCCUCAGCCCUGCCGGGGAGCUCCUGAAGCAGCAUGAUCUGGACGUGGACAGUGUCUCCUCUGGACUGUCUAAAGAGGAGCUGAUUCAGAACAUGGACCGUGUCGACAGGGAGAUUACCAUGGUCGAACAGCAGAUCACCAAGCUGAAGAAGAAGCAGCAACAACUUGAAGCUGAGGUUGCAAGGCCAGUGAAACCUGAGAAUCCAGCUUCCCCACCUCCUACUGAACAGCGACAUCGCAGUGUGGUGCAAAUCAUUUACGAUGAAAACAGGAAAAAAGCAGAAGCUGCUCACCGAACGUUCGAUCAACUGGGUCCUCAUGUUGAACUGCCUUUAUAUAAUCAGCCAUCAGAUACCAAGCAGUAUCAUGAGAACAUUAGGAUAAACCAGGUGAUGAGGAAGCGGUUGAUUUUGUAUUUCAAGCGGAGGAACCAUGCUCGGAAACAUUGGGAACAGAAAUUUUGUCAACGGUAUGACCAGCUGAUGGAAGUCUGGGAAAAGAAGAUUGAACGUAUUGAGAGUAACCCACGGCGACGAGCCAGGGAAAACAAGGUGCGGGAAUACUAUGAGCGACAGUUUCCAGAGAUUCGCAAACAGCGAGAGCUGCAGGAACGAAUGCAAAGCAGGGUAGGACAGCGAGGCUGCACACUGUCAGCAGCUGGGGCUCGGAGUGAGCAUGAAAUCUCUGAAAUUAUUGAUGGGCUUUCAGAACAAGAGGACACAGAGAAGCAGAUGCGACAAUUAGCUGUCGUUCCACCAAUGCUGUUCGAUGCAGACCAACAACGUGUUAAAUUUAUCAACAUGAAUGGGUUAAUGGAAGAUCCCAUGAAGGUGUACAAGGAACAGCAGCUUCUAAACCAUUGGGGAGACCAUGAAAAAGAGAUCUUCAGAGAAAAGUUCAUCCAGCAUCCAAAGAAUUUUGGACACCUGACGACAUUUCUGGACAGGAAGAGGGUUUCUGAUUGUGUCCUUUACUAUUACUUAUCGAAAAAGAGUGACAACUAUAAAGCCCUAUUGAGACGGAACUACCGUCGGAGAGGAAGGGGUCAGCAGCAACAAAUGAGCAGAAACAUUCAGGAACACGGAGCAGAUAAAGACAAAGAGCAGAGAGAAGAUCACCAAGAAAAAGACAGAGACACUGAGACCAGCAAAGAGGAACUAAUGAGUGAAAAGGAGAAGGAUAAAAGUGACACUUCAGCAGAGGAGAAUGAAGAAAAGGAAGUUUCCGUAUCCAGAGGUCGUCAGACAGCCAAUAGCCAAGGCCGUCGCAAGGGGAGAAUAACCCACUCCGUGACCAGUGAGGCUGAUCCUGAUGAGGCUGCAGCCCUUCCAGCUGAAUCAGUGUCUUCCGAUCCAGUUGAAAGUUCUCGCUGGACAGAGGAAGAAAUGGAAGUUGCUAAAAAAGGUCUUGUUGAACAUGGCCGUGGCUGGGCAGCUAUUGCCAAGAUGGUGAGUUCCAAGACGGAGGCUCAGUGUAAAAAUUUCUACUUUAACUACAAAAGACGUCACAAUCUGGAUGCCCUCCUACAGCAGCACAGACUGAGAAUGGCAGAAAAGGUUGUGAAGAAGAAGAGGCAGAUCCCAGCGGCACAGGGAGAGGAAUCCUCAGCAACAUCUGCUGCUGAAGAUGAGGAUCUGGAAGCUUCUGGAACCAGUGGGAAUGAAGAAGAAAUACGAGAAGGUGCAGAAGCAGGUGACAGGAGUUCAGACGCUGAGAGUGAAUCCUCAUCAACGUUGAGGAUAAAAACCUCAACGAUAAAAACGAGCCUGGCUAAUCCUGAAAGGACAGGAGGAGAGGAUUCAGAAAAGGAUGAGAAUGAGGAUUCCAAGCCACAGAAUUCCAUGGAAAAGCUCGAUUCUGAAGGAGACUGUAACGAGAAUGAUUGUGAGGAAAUGGAGACUGUUAACAUUAAGGCUGAACAAUCAGAGGACACGACAAGUGAGAAUGGCCUUUCUGUGGCUGAACGCUCUGGCAAUAUGGAGAGAACGCAAAGUCCAGAUGAAGAAACUGCACAAAUCUUAAAGGUCGGCUCACAGAACGUGGUGGAGACUGAGGUUAACGACAGGCUAAACACGAACAGUGAUUCCAGUGCUACUUGUAGUGCUGAUGAGGUGGAGGACCAAGAUGCUUCAAGCAUAAGCAGGGGCCUGUCUCCCAGACCUCGUUUGUUAAACCUGACCUGUGAUGAGCGGAUGCACUCUGACCCCCAGAAACCUCUGGAAGUUGAAAAACGGGAGAGCACAGCAACAAACAUCCCAAACCUGACCUCUGCACUAUAUGAAUCACCCCAGGGUGAUGGAAGGUGGAAGAAUCAUCACAGGCUACUCCAGUUAGAAAGAGAUAGCUGGGAGAGAUCCAGUUCUCUCAGCAGUAACAAGAGCCAGCCCAAAGCAGUUUCAGACUUCCAGCGGAGUCACCAAGUCCCGGUUUGUGUGUAUGAGGGUAAACGGCCCUCUCAAUCAGAGCGAACACAUUACAUCACAAGACCACCACCCCUCAUUCCAACAUCCAGGCAGCAGACUGGGGCUGAAUGUCAAGACCCCAUCACUCAGGGAGCUGCAAUCCCAUUGCUCAGCACAGCUGCUUAUGGGCCAGAGCGCGGUCAGGGUCACCAGACGACACUGCCCAUUGGCCUGCAGUGGUCAGUGGAUCCGUCCAGAGACGCAAUGAAACAGGAGCAAUUAUCGCCACUGUCACAGAACAGCCCACCAGAAACCAGGGGAACACAGACAGUUAAUAACAACUUCAUCAGCACAGCUUCACCCCUGUGUCUGGUUCAACCUGGGAGCAUCACACGAGGGACCCCUGGAGCAAGAUUUCCUUUGGAAUCAGCAGCUUCCUACCGAGGCUCGAUCACUCAGGGAACGCCAGCAGAGGUUCUCUAUAAAGGAAUUGUCACCAGCGUCAGGGAGGAAGACAAUCCCAACAGGGAUGAGAGAGCACAGAAGGAAGCCUCUUCAAAAGGACAUGUCAUCUAUGAAGGGAAAAGUGGUCAUGUGCUCUCAUAUGAUGGAAUCACAUCAGGAAAUUCCAAAGACAGCCAGUGGAGUUCCGUAGCCGUGAAUGAAGUCACUGGAAUAAAGCGGAGUUAUGAGAUGAUGGAAGGAGGCAUCGUAUGGGGUUUAACGGCACGAGAUUCAGUGCCUUCCAGCUAUGAGGGGCUAAUGUUUCGUGCUGCUCCCAGGGACAGACUGAGUCACCACGACUCCAACCAAACCCCUCAGGUUCAUGGCUCAAUCACACAAGGAUUACCUCGGUCACCAGCUGAUGGCCGUGCUGAGUGUGUGAGGAGAGAUUCUAAGCAGAUGAAGAGAGAAAGCUCACCACCAAGAGGCACGUGCGAUGGACUGAAGCAGAGGAGGCAGGAUGGUUGUCUCCCAACUGUCAAAGAGGCAGGACGCUCGAUCCAUGAAAUCCCUCGACAGCGAUCCCACAGAAUGCCAGAGACCUGCACAUUAUCUAAAUGCAGCAUCGAGGACCCUGUCUCCCAGGGACCUGCAGUAAAAUGUGAGAACACGUCUCCAGCAGCUGGUAACAAGCAUACAAACCACUCACUGAGCAGCAGUUCAAGGAAGGUCUUUCACCCCAGGGAGCAGUUGGAUCUGACGCUUGAUGGUGGAAGAGGUAAAAUGAUUUCUCAGGAGCGAAAGGCCACACCAACAUCCAGGGAAAUGUCUUCUGCUAAAUCCCAGCACAGAAUGAUCCCAGAGCACUAUGCACACAGCCAGUACGAACAGCUGCUGGGGAGAAUGGCUGCAGCAGAUUUCUAUCAGAGUUCUGUCCCUCUGGGCAUUGAUACCACUGCCUUAGCCCGGGCAGUGCCGUUUGAUACAGCUGCUUACUGCCUCCCGAGAGCCCUGACUCCGGCAGGGUCUUACCCUCACCCAUAUGCCCCCCUCCUGCUUCGAGGCUGUCCUGAAGCUGCUGCUUUGGAAAACAGACAGACCAUCCUGAACGACUACAUCACCUCGCAGCAGAUGCAUCAUCCAGCGACAACGGCAGUGACACACCGUACUCAGCUGCUUCGGGGCCUGUCCCCUCGUGAACAGGCCCUCACUCUAGGCUACUGUGCAAAUCCUCGAGAACUGCUCAGCCUGGCACAGGUUCCUCAUUGCCCUGUCUUACUGCAAACUCCUGCAGGGAGCAGCAACACUCAUCUCAGCCGCUUUGCAUACAUCCCAACAGAGACUGCACAUUUCCACACACAACCUCCGUGCAAGGCAACACGUUCACCCGGGGGAGUUGCUGCUAUCAGCAAAAUGACUGGUGCACAGAGCUCAGAGCGAGAUGGUGAGAACGUGAGGGCUGUAGUCACUGGUGAACUUCGAGACGGAUGGAGAGCUGGUUCCGAGGAAGGGAUUUGUCCAGCAGCACACCCUGAACCCCACACCCGUGGCCCCCCCUCGCCACACACUCGGGCCCCCUCCUCGCCUCACACCUGUGCCCCCUCCUCACCCCACACCCGUGCACCCUCCUCGCCCCACACUCAUGCCCCCACCUCACCUCUUACCCACCCCUCACCUCACAAGCACCCCUCAUCUCACAUGCGCUCCCCUCUUAUACAUGAAAAUAUACAGCAUCGACCCACUGUUCUCCAGAACACCAGAAUCAAACAUGUUAUUACUUCCGUGGACUCAGCAAUGCCAUCGGUUCUGAGACAUGUAUCUUGUACCCCAUCACCAGGACGAUCUGCAACCCCCAUUCUCCCCCAGCAAUACCCCCCUAGUGCCACUGAGAGAGUUGCUACCUCACCCCCAGCUCGUUCUUGGCUCCGGGACAGCAGGACAGAGAGCCACAGAAUGGAGGGCUUCCUCACUGCCCGGCAAACAGCUUCAGACUGGUCUGGGCACUGUGGCAUUAACAACAGGACAAUCCUGGUCGGUCAGUAUAACUCCAGUCCAGAGAAACAACGCUCUGCAGAACCAUGUGUCGUCACUGCCUUGAGCCGGCGAUGUAAGGAAAAGGAAGUAAAUCAACCACAGUCCACCCAGGAACAGGAGCAGGAGGAAUUUCGUCCUCAGUUAGUCACUGUCUCUGAAAGUCCAGUCCAACAUCUCAACAGUGUUGCUGAAGCUGUGCAACAUCGUCCCAGUCAGUUCCCCAGGGGACAGCAACGCUUUGUGACCCUUGCUCAGCAUAUUGAUGAGGUAAUCACUCAGGAUUAUACUCGCAAUCACCCUCAGCAGCUGAGCUGUCAGGCAGGUCUGCAUCCACAAAAAUAUCCUAUUCAACAGGUGAUGACCUCAACACCACAACAGCAUUAUGGGCACCCAGGCAGAAUGAUAUUGGAGUCACCUGGAGACAAAGACAGUGCAAGGCCAGCAGAGUCCCCUGUCUCAGUGGCUCCAAGUGAGCCUGGAUCCUCAGGGAGAGACCAGGCAGAGUCAGAGAAUCUCACAGGUCCUGCACGACACAGGGACGUGGAGCCUGAGCAAAGGAUGGGGACUCCAUCUCCAGUCAGUGGGAGCCAGCCUCCGGCCUUCUUCAGCAAACUCACUGAGAGCACCUCGCACAUGGUCAAAACCAAAAAGCAGGAAAUCAUCAAGACGUUGACAGCAGGCAGGGAAGGCCCAGUGGACAGCAAGAACAAUAUCGGGCGGCCAGGAACUGAGAUGUUCAAUUUGCCAGCAAUGACACCAACAGGAUCAGCAUGUUCCCAGAGCAAGUCAGUGACAGAUCAUUCCACAAACAACAUGGGAUUAGAGGAUAUUAUUAGAAAGGCUUUAAUGGGCAGGUACGACGACCACGGCCGGGAGAGGCCAGCAGGCAGUGCUGCUGGUGUUUACCCUCUUACAAUCAGUGCCAGCUCCAAUACUGUGGCUCAAGGACAAAGUGCUGACAACCAGAGCGUCCCCUCAACAGGUGGAGGCAAGUUGAAGCUUGGUGUUCAGUCCAAAGGCAGGAAGCCCAGGUCCCCGGUGCCUGGUCCAGCCUAUUGUGAGAGACCAACGUCAGCACAUUCAGACUCAGACUGUCACAGACGGAGUCCAUUAACACAGCAAGUGUGGGAGAACAGGCCAUCAUCCACAGGUUCUGCUCCAUUUCCCUACAACGUUCUGACAGCGAGACUCCCACCAGGCCUUCUCUCAACAUCAUUGGCUCCACGCUCUGUGCUAGUCCCAAUGCUGCAGCAGCAGCAGCACUGGGAGAGGGAGCCAUUGCUGUCUGCUCAGUAUGAAACCCUGUCUGACAGCGAAUAAACCGCAGAGACCUGCUGCUGUAUAAUGGAGACUUCAAACAGACCCUCUCCCUCAACACUGACUGCAUGAAACCACAUAUUCAUCGCUAUUUUAAGGCAAUUUACUGGUGUACAUCCGGAAGCUGCGAUAAAUAUCCUUCUCUAACUUCACCUUUUCACAAAGCAAUGUUUAUUUUUAUUUUUUUUAUUUAGUAAUUUUAAGUUGCCUUUUAACCUAUCACUUUGUUU